CUCAACAGUAAUCGUUCAGAUUUUGAACGAAACAGUUUUAAAAAAGCCAAAGAACAUUCACCACUUAUCACACCAACACGACCCUUACGGGCGAGCACAACUCGAGAGCGCGGUCGGCUAUACAAAACUCUUAAACAAAUCGAGCACCCAAAUAAAUGCACUUCUGACAUCGCAAGAAACAAGUUUUAGUCGCGAACGCUAUAACGGAAACCGCUAAGAACGGAAGGAUUUUUAAAAAAUAAUCGUACAUAUCACUUCAAUCGGUCGACGGAAGUUUUUCGUUAUAUGCCAAGUAUUUUGAUUGUGGCUCUUUUUUAAAUUUAUACAUUUUAUAUCCUUAACCUUUAGCCAAGGGUCUAGUUUAUUGUCAUUGUCGUGUUGUCGGUUCGCGUGCUGUAGUGCAAUACUUGAUUUUAUACUAUAACUAUCUUAAAAACACAACAACGAGUAGCAACAACUGCAACAGCAGCACCGAAAGCUGUCUUUGGUUAUUUGAAAAUAACAAAAGUGGAAAAAAUUGCAAAAGUGUACAAAAGGAUAAUUUGUAAAGCAAUUUAACUGCAACCGUAUUAUUACCAUUAGCUCAAUAUGCUGUCAUAUGUGUUGAUAAUUGCUGCAUUCCUUAGUCUAAGUGAUCCGCAGUCGAGUGGUGCCGAUGCCAGUGCCCACUGGGGUUAUCCAGAUUACAACGAAAAUGAAGAAUUCCCAAAAUGGGGUGGCAUUUGUGAUACCGGCAGUCGCCAAUCACCAAUUAACUUAAGUCUGAGAGGAGCCAUAAAAGGUGUCUAUGAAAAACUGGAGGGGGACAACUAUGAUAAGACCAUAAAAGAAGCCGCAAUGGUGAAUACAGGACAUUCGGUUCAACUUGCCGAUUUUGAUGUAAAGCUAGAACUCGAAGGUGGUCCCUUGAAAGAAGAUUAUGUUUUGGAACAAAUCCAUUUCCAUUGGUGGUCUGAGCAUACCAUUGAGAAUAUUCGCUAUCCCUUUGAAAUGCAUAUGGUCCAUCGUAACACCAAAUAUCCCAAUAUGACCAUAGCCACUCAAAAUAAAGAUGGUUUGGCUGUUUUGGGUGUCCUCUAUCAUGCUUCGAUGGAAAGAAAUCGUGUAAUCGAUGAUAUUUUGGUGGAUUUUGUGCCCAUCAUGAGCUCAGAUCAAAUCAAUAAGCCCAUUAAGACUAAAACCAAUUUCAAAAUCACCGAACUAUUUCCGGCCAUCAGGAGUUACAUCACCUAUGAGGGAUCGUUGACAACGCCAUCGUGUAAUGAGGCUGUUACAUGGUUGGUGGUGGCAGAGACAUUCCCAAUUGCUAUUGAUCAGGUUAAUGCUUUUAAAGCUCUUGAGUAUGAGUCGGGCAAAACACUGGACAACAAUUAUCGCAACAUCCAGAAGACUAACAACCGGGCCAUUGUCAUUGUGGCCAAUGAUGAGUACUCCGGCUCAGGAUCAGCUACUAGAAGUGCCACAUCCUUGUUCACCAUGCUGGCUGCUGCUCUCUUAUUAAAAUAUUUGUAUUAAGCAAAAGUCAUGGAGUAGAUCUUUCUUAGAAUAGCUCUCUUACACUGCUUAAGUCAGAUUUUUCAAAAAAGAAAAAAAUACCAAAGAUAUUCAAUUUUUUCUUAAUUUUAGCCUUAAAAUGUUUAACAUAUUUUUGAUGUAGUAGUGCUGUGUCAUUCAAUGUCGUAUAGUUCCUUUUAUCAAGCAAAUGAAAAUGAAACUGAAAAGAAAAGAAUUUUAAAUUAAAAAAAAAAAAAAAAAAAAAAAACAAUACGUAUAUAUCACAUCUUUAGUUAAGUUUGUACUGUAUGUUAGAUAUCUGUAUAUUUGUUACCAUUUUUUUAUUGCAUUUCUUGAACUCAUCUCAAACAAAGUAUCUCAAAUAAUUUUAGUUCAUGAACAUCGAAACAUUCAAAGUACCUAAGAAAACAAACCACUGUUCACAUGACAAAUACCAAAACAGUAAUUUUUCUUAUUUUUGGCAAUAGAAAAGAAUAUUAUCUACCUAAUUUGCUAUGUUGUUACAUAAUAAGUCUAGUAUUUUUUAGCUUUCUAUUUGUUAACUAUUUGGCAACAAUUUUUUUUUAAAUUUUAUUUUAUUUUUGUUUUUGUAUAUAUUUAAAUAUUGUGUAAUUUGCUUUUAUUUUUGAAUUUUUUGCAACUAGUCAGUGUCUAUGUGUAUUUGAAUGUUAAAAUCCAAUAAAAUUUUAUUUAAAAAUA